AUGCUGUUGUCCUCGAUACUCAAAGCCGCCAUCUGCCUCAUUUGGCCCGCAUCGGAAUUGGCAACAUGUGGACAGAAACCAGCCAGCGCAAUCCCGUCGCUCAUCGAUGCGACGCUCGACGACCUGAGCAACGGUCUCAGUAGUGGAAUUUUCACCAGCGUUGACCUAGUCAACGCUUACAUUGCGCGCAUAAGAGAGACUACAUCAACUCUAAACGCCGUCACCGAAAUCAACCCCGAUGCCGUCUCCGUCGCUGAGACUCUAGACCUCAUCCGCCGACAAGGCGGACCGCUCCUCGGUCCGUUGCACGGCGUCCCCGUCCUGAUCAAGGACAACAUCGCAACUGCAGACAAGAUGAACAACACGGCCGGCUCCUACGCCCUGCUCGGCGCUAGAGUCCCCGAGGACAGCACCGUCGCCGCCAAGCUCCGGAAAGCGGGGGCGAUUCUGCUCGGCAAGGCAAAUCUAUCCCAGUGGGCCGAGUGCCGGAGCUCCAAUUCGAGCAACGGAUGGUCGACGUAUGGCGGUCAGAUCCUGGGCGCGUAUUACCCCCUACAAGACCCGUCGGGAUCAUCGGGGGGCAGCGGCGUCGCCUCUUCGGUCGGUCUUGCGUGGGCGUCCCUCGGGACGGAGACAGCCGGCUCGAUUCUGUUGCCCAGUGACGUCAAUAAUGUCGUGGGCAUCAAGCCAACCCUCGGUCUCACCUCGCGGUACCUCGUAGUUCCAAUUUCGGAGCACCAAGACGUUGUCGGACCCAUUGCUCGGACGGUGAAAGAUGCUGCUCAUCUCCUGGGAGCCAUCGCCGGGGUGGAUCCCAACGAUAACUACACGUCCGCGAUCCCUUUCCAGAAGACGCCGGACUACGCCGCGGCGUGCGUAGAGAGCGGAUUACUGGGUAAGAGGUUGGGAAUCCCACGACAUAUUCUGCAUGACUACAGAGGCUACCCUCCCUCCAACUACUCCGUGACAGUUUUCGACUCUGCCGUCGACAUUCUCAGGUCUGCCGGUGCAGAGAUUAUCGAUGACAUUGUUCUACCGGGAUACAACCUGACCGAGAUCUACGCGCUCACCAGCAAGGGCCUUCACGCAGAUUUUGCCGUUGACAUAGAGAAAUAUUUCGGACAGUUGGAGUAUAACCCGUACAACAUCACCACGCUCCGUGAAUUGCGGGACUGGACCCAGCAAGAUCCCCGCGAGCAGUGGCCGGAGAAGAACACGGCUACAUGGGACAACAACCUGGCAGAAGGUCUGCGUAACACGGACCCGGAGUUCUGGGAUAUUCACUCCCGGCUUCUAUACCUGACUGGGCUCCAAGGCUACAUAGGAGCUCUGAAUAACCACUCCCUGGACGCCCUCGUCCUCCCGACGGCGUUUUCUGUCGAAGACGCUGCCGUAUCGGGUACGCCGGUGAUAUCGGUGCCGUUCGGAAGACAUCCAGACGACACUGAGAUUGUCAAAGACAAGACUGGGACGCUCAACACUGUGGCACCCAACUUGCCUUUUGGCAUUGGCUUUGCGGGGGCUCCGUUUAGUGAGGAAACGCUGAUUAGCAUCGCGUACGCCUUUGAGCAAAAGGUUCACGCUCGGAAGGUCAUUAAGCCCUAUUUAAAGCCCGAGACCGACUUGGAGGAUAUUGUGAAACAUAGAACUGAGGUGGAAGCCAGGCUGGAUCUAUGA